GCAUCAGAGUGCAUAGACGCCGCAAGCUCGUUUCUUCAUCCUCUUCAUCCUCUUCAUCCUCUGCAGCUCUCGACUGCUCGCAUUCGCAUAUUGUCUCUACUCACUUCGCAUUUCAUCCGCAACAACAACCUCGCAGCGCUAUUGCCGCCAUGCCGCCCCUCUCCUUCUUCCCCCUCGGCCCAGCUCGCACCGUUUCCGUGCCGGGCAAGCGUCCCAGCUCCGUCUUCCAGACCUACAACAAGGACCCGGCCCCCAAGCGCGUCCGUGUCACAUCGACCCCGUCGUCGCCGACAAAGAAGCGCGCCUUCGAAAUCCUCACCCCGGCACCGUCAAGUGACGGCCCUGGGCCUGUGGCGUUCGAGAUUCCGGCCAUCCCCGCCCGUCUGGUCUGCCCCCUCACACCCUCCACCUCCACCGUCGCCGCAUCCUCCUCUCCGCGCCAUCUCGCCACCUCUCCCACCCGCCCCCGCUCCUCCCGCCCCGCGAUGCAGGUGCGGCUGGUGGCCGGCGAGACCCUCGUCUUUGGCCGGCACCAUGUACGCAGCAGACCCGCCAUCUCUGCGCCCCCGCAGGCGAUUGCCGAUAAGCUCGCAUACCCCGCUCACCCCACGCGCACGGUCGUCCUCGACCGCGGCGCCUCCCAUGCUUCGCGCGUCCACGCCGCCGUCGAGCUCCUCUCCACUACUCCUCCUCAGAUCCGCCUCCUUGUUGUCGGCCAAAACGGCCUCCGCGUUCGCACCCCCGGCGGCAAGUACCGCCGCAUCACGCCCGGAAAUGUCCGCACCUACCCCGCUGCCCCGCUCGAAGUCGAGUUCUACGGCGCCGGUGUCGCCAUUACACUUGAAGAUCCAGACGAGACCGACGAGGAGCUCUUCACACCACCAGUCCGCCCUGUGGAAACGGCGCCUAUCAGCGCUCCCUCGCCUUUCUCGCUCCCACCAUCGUCUCCACCGCGCCACGCAUACUCCUCGCCCCCUCGCGAUCUUGGUAGCGAUGACAUUGACAUGGACUACGAUGCCGUACCUGGCAGGGAUGAGCCCGCCCCGGAGUCGAUCACCACCCGCGUUGCCCCGCCACCAGCUUCCCCGAUUGAGACAAGCGAAGAGACCGAGGAGAACAACCGCACCGACCGCUCAUCCUCGCCUCUCUCUGACAUCGAAGAUGAGCCCAUCCCGGCCCCCGCGCCUGCGCCUGCGCCCGAAGCCAUAACGGUCAAGCAGGAGAUGCUGGACCUUGCCAAGCCAAAGUCGCGUGCGUCUUCUCCGGCCGCCAAGCGCGCCGCCACGCCCGCCAAGUCGCGCGCAGCGACACCCACGCCGCCCCCGCCCGCCCCGGCCGGUGUGGACAUGCCGGCCCUGCUGGCCUCGACCGUCGUCUUCUCCGGCUCGUCCAAGCUCUCGCUCCCCGACCUCGUCAAGAGUCUCCUCGAGAGCCAGCCGAGCAUGCGCACGCACGGCGACGAGUCCGCGUGGGCCGUGUGGGCCGGCGCCGAGCUCGCGACCAACCCCAUGUUCGGCAAGAUCACGCGCAACGGCCGCGACAGCAGCGGCAAGCCGCUCCAACCGCACUACUUCUACAACCCGGCCAACGACCCCGACGCGGCGCGUGCGCGCGAGCUCGGCGGCCUUGUGCGCCCUUUGCGCGCCACGCAGCGCGGCGGAGGGCGCGCAAUCGACUGGCGCCCCGUUGGCCCCGGGCGGCGGCGAUACUAGUUCCCGGUUUGUCUGUCUUGGUCGUUGUUGAUGUAGAAGCUGUUGUAGCCAUAGCCAUAGCGGAUACCAUGCAUAGUGUGUAGAUAGUGGAAUCGUGACGUGCGCGGAGCGGGGGACAACGAUGACAACCAUCAUUUGUCCUUGACAACUGGCCGCUUUCGGACGGCUCAUACGUGUCCGCUAGUGGAAGUGCAAGGCGAGCCGACUACGAGGCUAUAACGGCAGACGGUGCCGGAACGGUCCCAAGAAUAGCCCACGCGCCUCAUCAACGACAUCUC